CGGCCGUUUGUUGACGUCCGGGAGCGCGGAAGUCCGGAGUUUCUGCAUGAGGAACAGGGACGCUUCUGCGGCCCGCGUCGGGACAAAGUGGCCGCCUUAGUCCGGAUCAGGCAGCCCUCGACGGGCUGGCUGUAUCGCUUUGGUAUGAGGGACCCUGAGGAGCUGAUGCCCGAUUCGGGUGCUGUGUUUGUAUUUGGGAAAAGUAAAUUUGCUGAAAAUAUUCCUGGUAAAUUCUGGUUUAAAAAUGAUGUUCCUGUACAUCUUUCAUGUGGAGAUGAACAUAGUGCCAUUGUUACAGGAAAUAAUAAACUUUACGUGUUUGGCAGUAACAACUGGGGUCAGUUAGGAUUAGGAUCAAAGUCAGCUGUCAGCAGGCCAACAUGCGUCAAAGCUCUAAAACCUGAAAAAGUGAAAUUAGCUGCCUGUGGAAGGACCCACACCCUGGUGUCAACAGAAGGAGGCAAUGUAUAUGCAACUGGGGGAAAUGAUGAAGGACAGUUGGGGCUUGGUGACACUGAAGAAAGAACCACUUUUCAUCUAAUUAGCUUUUUUACAUCCCAGCAUAAGAUUAAGCAGCUCUCUGCUGGAUCUAAUACUUCAGCUGCCCUAACUGAGGAUGGAAGACUUUUUAUGUGGGGUGACAAUUCCGAAGGACAAAUUGGCUUACCAAAUAUGCCUAAUGCCUGUGUCCCUCAUCAAGUGACCACUGGGAAACCUGUCUCCUGGAUCUCUUGUGGAUAUUACCAUUCAGCUUUUGUAACAACAGAUGGUGAGCUAUAUAUAUUUGGAGAACCUGAAAAUGGAAAGUUAGGUCUUCCCAAUGAACUCCUGAGCAAUCACAGAAUACCCCAGCUGGUGCCUGGAAUUCCUGAGAAGGUGAUCCAAGUAGCUUGUGGCGGAGAGCAUAGUGUGGUUCUCACAGAGAAUGCUGUGUAUACCUUUGGGCUGGGAAAAUUUGGUCAGCUGGGUCUUGGCACUUUUCUUUUUGAAACUUCAGAACCCAAAGUCGUUGAGAAUAUUGGGAAUAAAACAAUAAGUUAUAUUUUUUGUGGAGAAAAUCAUGCAGCUUUGUUAACAGAUAAUGGCCUUAUGUAUACUUUUGGAGAUGGUCGCCAUGGAAAAUUAGGACUCGGAGUGGAGAAUUUUACCAAUCAGUUCAUUCCCAUUUUGUGCUCUAAUUUUUUUAUGUAUAUAAUUAAAUUGGUUGCUUGUGGUGGAUGUCACAUGGUAGUUUUUGCUGCUCCUCGACGUAGAAUGGCAGAAGAAAUUGAAUUUGGUGAAAUAAAUGAUACUUGCUUACCUUUUCUGCCCUUUGGCAAUUUAACAUCAGGAAAUGUACUGCAGAGAACUCUAUCAGCACGGAUGCGGCGAAGAGAGAAGGAGAGAUCUCCAAGUUCUAUUCCAUUGAUAAAAACACUACCUCCAGUAGAAGGAACUCUUGACCCUUCCGCUUCUUUUCCCCCCAAAUCACUUUUCCCAUGUUGUUCUAAGAAUGACCUCCUAGAGAGAAUCUUACCUGAAGAGGCCCUCAUGCAGCCAGAGGAACCAGAUAAUUUUCAAGAUGAAAUGACCAAAGAAGCAGCGAUAGAUAAUUUUUCAACUAUAGGAAGCCUUGGAGAAACUACUGAUAUCUUAAACAUGACACACAUGAUGAGCCAGAAUUCCAAUGAAAAGUCAUUAAAAUUGUCACCAGUUCCAAAGCUAAAGAAACAGCAAACAAUUGGGAAUCUGACGCAGUGUACGGCCCUUACUGAAAACGGUAAUAGUGAUGAAUGUAAAGAGAUGUCAGAAAUGAAAGAAGGGAAAGCAUGUAAACAACAUGUGUCACAAGGGAUUUUCAUGACGCAACCACCUAUGAUUAUGGAAGCAUUUUCAGAUGAGGAAGCAGAGAUCCCAGAGGAGAAGGAAGGAGGAGAGUAUUCAAAAGGAAAUGGAAGAGAGGAGCAAGAGGUAGAAGCAAAUGAGGAAAAUGUCAAGGUGCAUGGCGGAAGAAAGGAGGAAACAGAGAUCCUAUCACAUGACCUUACAGACAAAGCAGAGGUGAGUGAAGGCAAGUCAGGGGGAGAGGCAGAGGAUGGGCCUGAAGGUAGAGGGGAUGGAACCUGUGAGGAGGAAAGUUCAGGAACAGAACACUGGCAAGGUGAGGACAGGGUGGAGAAGGGGGAGAAAGACAAGGGUAGGGGAGAAAUAGAGAAGCCAGGAGAGGGAGAGAAGGACCUAGCAGAGAAGGAGGAAUGGGAAAAGAGGGAUGGGGAGGAGCAGGAACAAAAGGAAAGGGAGCAAGGCCAUCAGGAGGAAAGAAACCAAGAGAUGGAAGAGGGAGAAGGGGAGGAGGGAGGGGAGGAGGAGCACGAAGAAAGAGAAGAAGAGGAGGGAGACAGAGAAGAGGAGGAAGAAGAAGAGAAAGAGGAGGAGGAGGCAGAAGGGAAAGAGGAAGAAGGGGAAGAAGAGGGAGAAGGUGAAAAGGAAGCAGGAGAGGAGGAGGAGGAAGGAGAAAGGGGGAAGGAGGAGAAAGGAAAGGAGGAAGGAGACCAAGGAGAGGGGGAAGAGGAGGAAACAGAGCGGGGAAGGGAGGAAAAAGAGGAGGGAGGGAAAGUAGAGGAAGGUGAAGAAGAGGGGGAAGAGGAAGAAGGGGGGGAGGUGGAAGAGGAGGAAGGAGAAGGGGAAGGGGAAGAGGAGGAAGGAGAAGGGGAAGGGAAAGAGGAGGAAGGAGAAGGGGAAGGGGAGGAUGAAGGGAAGGAAGGAGAAGGGGAAGGGGAAGAGGAGGAAGGAGAAGGGGAAGGUGAGGAGGAAGGAGAAGGGGAAGGUGAGGAGGAAGGGGAGGAAGGGGAAGGGGAGGAUGAAGGGGAGGAAGGAGAAGAGGAAGGUGAGGAGGAAGGGGAGGAAGAGGAAGGGGAGGAUGAAGGUGAGGAAGGAGAAGGGGAAGGUGAGGAAGGGGAGGAAGAAGGGAAAGGGGAGGAUGAAGGGGAGGAAGGAGAAGGGGAGGGUGAGGAAGUGGAGGAAGGAGAAGGGGAAGGUGAGGAGGAAGGGGAGGAAGAAGAAGGGGAAGCAGAGGGGGAAGAGGAAGAAGGAGAAGGGAAAGUGGAGGGGGAGGAGGAGGAAAGAGAAGGAGGGGAGGAAGGAGAAGGGGAAGAGGAGGAAGGAGGAGAGGAAGGAGAGGGGGAAGAGGAGGAGGGGGAAGAAGGAGAGGGGGAGGAAGAAGGAGAGGAGGAGGAAGAAGGGGAGGAAGGAGAGGGGGAAGGAGAGGAAGAGGAAGGAGAAGAAGGGGAAGAAAGGGAAAAGGAAGGAGAACAAGAAAACAGGAACAGAGAAGAGGAGGAAGAGGAGGGGAACUACCAUGAGACAGGUGAAGAAGAGAAUGAAAGGCAGGUUGAAGGAGAAGGGUACACAAAAGUGAGCAAAAUAAAAGGAUCUGUGAAAUAUGGCAAACAUAAAACAUAUCACAAAAAGUCAAUUACUAACACACAGGGAAAGGGGAAAGAGCCAAGGACCAAAAUGCCAGUGCAGUCAAAACAACUUUUAGAAAACGGGCCACCAGGUUCCAAAAAGUUCUGGAAUAAUGUAUUACCACAUUAUUUGGAAUUGAAAUAACAGAUCUUAAAUUUGACCUGAUUAUGGCCAGCCAAACAAUUUAAAUUCCUUGCAUAUAACAGGCAGUCAUUACAUGUUACUAAAUUGAUUUUAUGUCAUAAUUUGAUGUGUAGUAAAAAAAGCAACUGAUGCAGUUGUGUUAAGGAGUCAAAGACAAUAGGAGGCACCAGUAAAUUUUGGCCUCUCAAACUAAUAUUUUGGUGUAUUCCCCACCAAAUUAAUAAAACUAUAACUAGAAAAUAUUAAAAGGUCAUAUCAGAGUAUUAACAUUAUAUAUUUAUUGAAGGCAGCUUUAGGAAUAGUAACAUACUGUAAGAGUGUUUUGUUUGUGUACUCAAAUCAUUCCAUUUUUAAAUGGCACAUAUCCUUAAGGGCUAUAAAAACUUCUAAUUUCUUAUAAAUAUGUUAGCACUUUUUUUUAAGUUUGUGAUUACAGUUUACCUACUGGAUAGAAUAAUUUUCUAAUAAUGGAUAGUAUUGUAAAACCCAGCUGAGGCACUCAUAUUUUAAAGAAGUAGUGUUGUCUUUUACCUUUUAUGUGUUCUUUUUGCAAAAAUCUACAAAGUGACAGCUGUGUUCAGAGCUUAGAUCCUAAUAAUGUUAUCUCUUUUAGUUACUAUCUGGGCAGAUUGUAAUAUAUCUAAGGGUGAUUAAUUUAAAUGUAUAAUCUGGAAAUGUGUAAAACUUGAAGUAUUUUUGGUUCAGGCAGAGCUACUCAUUGGGCCUCAGUUUCCUCAUCUGUAAAAUGAAUGAGAUGAUGUGAUAACUGCAGUCCCUUCUAAUUUUCAUAUUGACAGAUUUACUCUAUCAUUGUUAUUCGUGUAAGAAACUUUUUAGGGAAGAAAAAUUACACUUUAAAAUUAAUUUAGUUUUCUAUACAUUUGUUUUCUUUACUCUUGAAAAGUUAUGACACCUUUAAUGUCUCGUCUUCUGUAAUUUUUAAUUUCUAAACUCCUAUCAUUUCUAAACUUUAACUGUACUUUAUCAGAGCCUUCAUUUCUGGUAUGUGUUAUGUGCCCUCAAUGUAUUAAUUGACUGUUCUGUAAUUUCAGUUUGUCUGUUGCUUGUCAGAAUGUUUCAAGUAAAAUAAAAAAUUAAAUGUAUAUAGUCAGAAAUUCUUUGUGAAAAGAUAAACUGUCUAGUAUUAGAUAUUGAAUUUUAGAGAGGCUAGAUUUCCACUUGAGUAAUUUCAAUUGUCCCUUAAAAUUUUCCAUGUACAUAAUGCAGCUAAUUUGUUUGACUGUUGUUUAUUUGUGGCUCUUUUUUCUACUGAUUUCCUUUCAUAAUCUCUUAUGUCCUGGACAUGAGAGAUUUCUUAUACUUAGUUUUAUUAAGAAGGAUUUUGAUGAUAAACUUCCUGUGAAUUUUGUGUAGUUGGUUUCUUUGCACAUUUGAUUCUCUGAGUGAGAAAGAAUAUAAAGAAAAAGACUAGAAUCAUAUGAAGUGAAGGAUUUCCUAGGAGCAAUUAUAAACUUUACCUUAGCUGCAAGGAUCUCUGGCAGCUUCCCCUAACCAAAUGCACUGAUUUGGCAUUGCAGUGCUUUACCAAAUUCGACCAUGUUCAUUAAGGGUUAGUAGAAAAGAAUUAAUACUAUGAUAAAAAUAUAGAUGCCAAACAUGAGUAUUUUAGAAGUAACCUUAAAAUGAUUAAAUAAGAUGGAUGACAGACAUAGAGUUCAUAAAGAAAGAAACCUCCAGGGAAAUGAGAAACUCUUAAACUCAAGUUAUUAAUGUAAUAGCUAUGGGUAUUCAUCUUCUACUGAAGAAUUAAUCAGUCAGUAAUACUGAAACAAUGUUCUAAAAUAUGCUCAUCUCAGUGUUUCUUCACAUUUCCCUGGCCAAAAACUUUGUGUGCUCUUUAGAAGCGGUAGUUUCAUGCAAGCAUCGUUUUCUAGUGGAGAGCGCUGGCCUGCCUAGACACUUUGAGACCAAGGCCCUUCUUCUGGCCUUGUACUUUUGAGCUGUGUGAACUUGGGCUAGUUUCUUAGCUUUGCAGUCCUCAACUUCUUCAUCUGGGAAAUUAUAGAAUGAGAAUGAAUGACCUAAGUGAUUGUUUAGGAACAGCAGGUGUUCAUUACCAAAUAGAGCACUGCCAGACCCAGAUUUUCUGCAAUUCCUUUUCCUCAAUAAAAAAUCUUGAGUCUUGUCACCAAAGUGAGCCCACUUUCAAACUAACUAGCAGUUAUACUAAAGUAAGAAGUUAUCCUAAACUACUAAGCACACACUAACUUUCUGUGCCCACUGUUUGUUUGUUGGGCAAACAUUUAUUUAAUCACAUGUGGCAGGUCUAGUACCCUCAAAAACUUUAUGUAGAGGAGUGUAUUGCUGGUUACAGGUGGGGUGGGGGACAAAAGACCCAGGUCUAGCCAGACCUUCAUCGACCGAAGUGAUUUACAUGUUUGUAAAUUUUAUAUAUUUUAGGAGG